CUGGGCUGGGCUGGGCUGGGCUGGGGGUGAGCUAAUAACGCGUCUGCUGCGAUGUCGCGAUGACCAAUCGCGCUCCCUUCCCCGUAAUAACUUGUGUCGUCCUGUUUGAUAUCCCCUCUCCUUUUCUUGACUGACAUUCACUCCCUCGUACAAUCUCUACGGCGUCAAGUCCUGCACCAAGAGCGUUUUUUUCCCACUCAGUGGCCAUUUAAUUGAUUGAUUAUUAUUAUAUCAAAAUGGUCGUCGAACUGAGGAAGCGCAAAGCACCCGCAGCCCAACCGGGGCCAGUGAAGAAGAAAGCAGCCACGGCCAAAUCAACCAAGAAGGUUCCCAAAGCGGAAAAGGCGACUGAGGAAGUGAAGAGCAAGGACACCACCACUUCCAAAGCUGCGGUCCCGAAAGUUGGUGAUGUGAUCUCCUUGGAAGGUUUUGGAGGAGAAUUGCAAACCCAGGACGGCGAAUCGACCGCUUUACAGUCUUUGAUUGCUUCGAGCAAAGCCGGCGUGGUCUUGUUUACAUAUCCGCGAGCAUCAACACCAGGAUGCACCAAACAAGCUUGCAUGUUCCGCGAUGGAUAUGAGCACCUCACAUCAACUGGUUUAGCAAUCUACGGUCUCUCCACAGACUCUCCGAAGGCCAAUACAACUUUCAAGACCAAGCAGAACCUGCCCUAUCCGCUACUCUGUGAUCCAAAUGCCACUUUGAUUGGCAGUCUGGGUCUGAAGAAGUCACCAAAGGGAACAGUGCGCGGUGUUUGCGUGAUCGAUAAGACGGGUAAAGUUCUGCUCUUGGAGCCUGGUAGUCCAGCUGGGACUGUUGAGGCGGUUGAAAAAAUUGUGCGUGAGAAUUCUGUCAAGAAUGGUGACAGCGAAGACAAGAAGGAAGACCCCAAAGAGCGCGAAGAUGAGAAGAAAGAAUAGGCAUUGUACGAUGAUACCCCCCCUGUGAUCAGUCAUAUCAAGUAAUCCUCAUUGCCAGCUACGUCUGGCUGAACCAUAUGUAAUCUAUUAGUGGUGAUGGUACGUAAUAGCGUGAAUGAAGUCAUAUUCAU